UCAGACACACACGGACCAGGACUAAACCAGGACUAAACCAGGUCUAAACCAGGUCUAAACAAGGACUAAACCAGGUCUAAACCAGGACUAAACCAGGUCUAAACCAGGUCUAAACCAGGACUAAACUAGGUCUAAACAAGGACUAAACCAGGUCUAAACCAGGACUAAACCAGGUCUAAACCAGGUCUAAACCAGGUCUAAACCAGGACUAAACUAGGUCUAAACAAGGACUAAACCAGGACUAAACAAGGACUAAACUAGGUCUAAACCAGGACUAAACCAGGUCUGAACCAAGUUUAAACCAGGACUAAACUAGGUCUAAACCAGGACUUAACCAGGUCUGAACCAGGUCUGAACCAGGUCUAAACCAGGACUAGACCAGGACCAUUUGAGCUUCUCCUCCAGACUCGUUCGGACUGAAACAGAGGAGGAGGGGCGAGAGGGGCGGGGCCUCUCUAAAAGGGGCGGGGCCAUGGAGGGCUACGGGCAGAAAGGGGGCGGAGCCUUUGACCUGAUGACGUUCCUGAAGCAGCCAAUCACAGUCCUGCGUCUGCUCAGCUGGGUCUUCGCUCUGGUCGUGGUCGCCUGCGUGUCAAACGAGGGCUUCGUGAACCGUCCGGACUCGCCGCUCUCCGUCUGCGUGUUUAACGGAAACGCUGGUGCCUGCGGCCUGGCCCAGGGGGCGGGGUCUGUGGCGCUCGUCUUUAGCUCCGCCUCCAUCGCCCUCGACCUGCUGCUCCCCCACUUCAGCGCCGCCCGAGACCGAAAGAGACUCGUGACAGCGGAUCUCCUCGCCUCAGGCGUGUGGAGUCUCGUCUGGUUCGUCUCCUUCUGUUUUCUCGCUCAUCAGUGGCAGAUCACGUCGGUGGAAAAUGAUCCUCUGAGCGAAGGAGCCGACGCCGCUCGAGCCGCCAUUUUAUUCAGCUUCUUCUCCAUCUUCAGCUGGGGAGGUCUCACUCUUCUCUCUAUGGAGCGAAUCAAACGAGUCGAGUUUGAAGAAGAAUACGACAAACUCUUCACUCCAACCGGCCAAUGAGAGUGCAGCAUUUACUCCCCCGACCAAUGAGAGCGCAGCAUUUACACCCCCGACCAAUGAGAGCGCAGCAUUUACUCCCCCGACCAAUGAGAGCGCAGCAUUUACACCCCCGACCAAUGAGAGCGCAGCAUUUACUCCCCCGACCAAUGAGCGCAGCAUUUACACCCCCGACCAAUGAGAGCGCAGCAUUCACUCCCCCGACCAAUGAGAGCGCAGCAUGUACUCCCCCGACCAAUGAGAGCGCAGCAUGUACUCCCCCGACCAAUGAGAGCGCAGCACCUCAGACCAAUCACAGCAGAGA